CACACUUGCGUUUGAAACUUUGCAGAAGACACGAGUGAGUGGUGGGAAUUAAAGCGGUACUUAAGGCGGAAAGGUGCUUCAGAGUAACUAGUUGCUGGACGGAGUCGCUAGGGGUUAAUGUCAGAAAACGGCACCAGUACUAAUGGCAACAACUGGACUCUUCUGACCCCAGAAGUAAAGGAGUCUGGAGCUAAGAAUAUGAGUCCAGUAACUGAAGGUCUUAAGGUGGAGGAGCAGCUCUCUAAAGCACCUGAGCCCUCAACAUUGGCCCACAGUGACCUGGAGAAACACUCCUCUGAUGCAUCUGCUCACCAGCCAGAGACUGAGACAUCAGCACAGAUUCAGUCUGACCCAGCUCUCAGCCAAGGGUCAGAAAAAACACAGGAAACUCAGAUAACGCCACCAGAGACAAGUGAGGGUCGGGCUCAGCUGAAUGCAGCACAUGUCAAUGAAGGCCCCAGCUCUGUUAGUGUUGAAGACAUUAGCUCCUGGAGUCCUGACCAUGAGGAACAAGAUGCCCUUGCAGGUCAUUUGGAGAGCCCAGCGUGUCCCGGCACUGAUGCAGAGUCAUUCUCUGACUCUUACUCUCACAUUAGUCCCACCACUGGAUCGAGCCCUGUUCCUGCUUCAGUGUGUAAAGAAAGAGACCACUUUAAAUCAGAUGAAGAAACUCUGAGGAAAAGCACAGGUGAAGAGCCGAAGGAAGUGUUGGAAACAAACGGGAAAGAGGGAGACGGUUUAAGAAAGAGAAAGAUCUCCCACCUGGGCUCUUUGGACAAGACUGAGAUAGAGGAUGAUGAAGAGAAGGAGGAGGAAGACUUUCAGCCGCCUCAAAGAGAAGAGGAAACUGUCUUUACUUUAAACAAGUGUAUCAUCGCAGCUAUCAUUCUUCUAGGGCUUGGGACCAUUUUUUUCUCUGAAGCAGAUGUGGAUGUUAGAGAGCUGAAGGAUCCGCCAAAUCAGGAUUGGCUGAAUCUUGAAGACUCCAGAGACACGCCUGUUGGCCUUCAGCCUCCAGACAUUUUAAGCAAACACACAAAGGACGAUCAGCAAAUAUUGGCUCUACAGGCACAGCUUCAGCAAUAUCAAGGUGAACUGAAAGCAGCGCAGCUUCUGGCAGAGACAGGAGAGAAGGAGCGCGAGCGGAGAGAAGAGCUGGAGAAGGAGUAUCAGAGGAUUAAAGAAGAACUAGACAGACUGCCUGCUCUUCAGAAGGAGCUGGAGCAGGAGAACGAGAGAAUGAAAGAAGAAAGUGCAAGAGCGCAGAAAGAGCUGAAGGCGCUGCCGUCGCUGCAGAGCGAACUGGAGCAUCUGAGAGCUCAAGUUUCCCAGCUCACAGUAAAAGCAGAACAUCAGCAUCCCAUUGCCACCUCUCGGACCCCCCCUGCUGGAGACAAAAGAGAUGUACCACCUAUAGAAAGACCAGACAUAAGGAACAGGAAGACCUGGGACAAAAAGACUGAGGAAAAGGAACAAAGCAAAGCAGAUAAAGAAUGGAAAAAGAAGAAGAGUGGAAAAAAGGAAGGUGACAAAGACAGAAAAGAGAAAGUGACGGAUGGAGAACAUACUAAAGAACAAAAGGACCGGAAAAAAGAGGAAGGCAAAGCAGGCAAGCAAAGAGAAGAGAAAAGGGAGUGGAAAAAGGACAAAAAACAAGAUGAAGGUAAAAUAGGGAGGGAAAGAGGAGAGAAGUGGGGGGAGAAGAGAGAAUGGAAUGAUGAAAAAAAGGGGAAGAAAGACAAACAUACGGAAAAGGAUGACAAAAAGGGAAACAAACAGGACUGGAAGGAUACUGCCAACAAGAAAGUGAAAGAAGAAAAAGAACGUAAACAGAAAGACUGGAAAAGUGAUAAACACAGUGGCGUGAAUGACCAUAGAGAAGGGAAAGAGAAUAAGAAAGAGGAAUGGAAAGGUAAAAAGGAAAAGGGUGAGGGAAAACACAAUGAGAAGAAAUGGAAAGGAGACAGAGAAGAGCAUGCUGGAAAAGAAAAAGAGCAAAAGCACCCGAGAGGCAAAGAAAGAGAGUCCAAAAAGGAAGAGUGGACAAGAGAUCACGUGAAGGAAGAGAAAAAACACAAAGCGCACCACCCCAAAAAUGAGUUGAAAAACAGCCCCAAUGAAAAGGAGAAAGGACAGAAAGAGAAACACAGGAACACACCUCCAGACAAAACCUCCGGCCAUCACCAUCACGAGCAGCAGAACUACUGGACCAAACAGAGAGAGCGGAUCCAGCACUAUGAUGACCUGCGGGACCACUGCACCGGCGUGGAGGACUGCGCUCGAGUCGAAGGUCUCUCCCCUGUACACCUGCAUGACUUCGAGAACCUGCUCCAGUCCUACAUGAACAAACUCCAGGAGGAACAGAGCUCAAGUAAAGAGGAGCUCAGGAAGCUGGUGAGGGAGUUCUUCAAUAACGGAGUGUUCGCUCAUGAUCAGAUGCCCUUCAGUGAAUUUGUAGAAGACGUGGGGGACAUUUUGGAGGACAUGGCUGAAGGAGAAGAGAGCGACACUGAGGCGGAGGACAGCGAAGAGGACGACGACGACGAUGAUGAUGAUGAGAUGGAGGAUUUCGAAAGAGAAGCGAUGGAGAAAUUUGCACUUCCAGCAGAAGUGAAGAAGGUUGAAGAUUCUUCGAGGAAAAAAAGGUACAUGUUGAAACUGUCGGGUCUGAGUUAAUUUGCCGAUUAAUAAUAUUAAUAUAAUGUGUCAUUUCUGAAGAGUUUAUUCAUUUUCAUCAUUAAGCUUUGGCUUUGUUUUUUUUUUCAUAGAUAAAGCUGUACUGCUGUAAAUCCUUAAUGAUGAUGGUGUCCUGCUUCAUAACAGCUGUUUCUGCUCACUUUUCUCACAUUUUAUUUGGGAACGAUACGCAAGCUUAAAUAAAGGUUCAUUGAGAGGCUUCUGAUCAGUCAACUAAAGGUCUGGUGUUGCAUUUAUAAAACAGUCUUAAAGCGAUGGUCCAUCUAAAAAUGUUCAAACAUAUUUGAGUUUUUCUUCUGUCUAACAUAAAAGAAAGUGUUUUGAAAAAUGCUGGUUGCUGAGACCCAUUGGCUGUUUCUUAAUGUGUGUUGUUAAGGGAACCUUUGUCCUUGUGCUCUUGUCUAACAUCCCGCAAGAACACCUGACACGUGAAAGAACUCAGAUUUGAUAUUGAGGAUGAAUCGAUGCAAACUUGCUUGAUUGUAGCACUCGCUCCACAUCCUAGAAUGAUUGUAGAUAAGAAGGAGGGAAGUUGAUGCUGAUAAUGUUGCAGUUGACAGCACUAUGGUGCUCAUGGUGAACACAGUUUAUAUUGACUAUUAUUUACAGUUUUAGUUACAGUAUUUACAGUUUUCCUAAAGUGAACAUGAAAACAUUAAUGAAGGGAUAAACAUGCACAAAGGCAUUUAUUUCCUGAAGUUCAUCAUGAAAUCAUUUUUAUUUUCAUUAUCAGAAUUAUAUUUGCAGGGUUUUUUGAACAUCAUAUGUUUAUUAAAAACGAAAAAAAGCAAUAAAUCAAUGUACAGAUUUUCUUUUCAUAUUCCUUCAACUUAUUUGCUUUAUAUAUCAGGGAUUGCCACAGCAGAAUGACCCGCCAACUUAUCCAGCAUGUAUUUUACGCAGCGGAUGCCCUUCCAGCACUGGGAAACACCCAUACACACUCAUUCAUACAUAUACACUACUAGCAAUUUAGUUUAUUCAAUUCACCUGUACCGCAUGUCUUUGGACUGUGGGAGAAACCGGAGCACCCAGAGGAAACCCACACGAACACGGGGAGAACAUGCAAGCUCUACACAGAAAUGCAAACUGACCCAGCCGAGGCUCGAACCAGUGACCUUGCUGUGAGGGGACAGUGCUAUCAACUGAGCCACCAUGUUGCCUUGCUGUACAAAUGUCACAAGGUUAAAUUGCUUGAAACUCAUGUGACCGUCAGAAAGAUUGCAGAUCUCAUUUCUCACAGGAUGUGUUCUGUGUUCUGGCCUUUUUCCAUGUUUAUUUAUUCAGGUUAUUUGGCAAGACUGGUCUACAAGAGAACCAGAGACUGCAUUUUGCAUUCUUGGAAUUAAGAAACAGCCAUUGAUGGAUGGAGCCACAAUGGAAGUCAAAUGGUCCUAGCAACCAGCAUUCUUCAAAAUAUCUUCUUUUGCAUUCAACAGAAGAAAAAUAAAGGUUUUAAAAUACAUGAUGUAUUUAUUUACAUUUUUGGGUGAGCCAUCCCUUUGAAAUGCGUAAGUAAAUAAAAUGCGUUUUAUUUAUUUUUGGUCUUAAGGAAUGAUAGGAAUCUUCCCGUUAAAGAAAUUCUUAGAAUUCUGACAAUGACUUCAAACGUUUACUGCCUGUAAACGUAACCGCCAAUGAGGCAAGACAAGAUUGUAAAAAAAGAAGUUAAAAUUUGUUUUGUGCUUAUCAAUUGUUACAUUUAUAUUUCUCAAACACUGUAAAAUUAAACUUUAAUAAAAGUAUAUAAUAAUUUAUAAUUAUAAUUUAAAAACAAAAUUUUAAUUCCAAUUAAAAGAGUCAUGCAGGCAAAGUCAAGUCCAGGUAUUGUUAUCAUUUUUUUUAAUAACAGAAUAACCUUAUUUGUUAAAAAUGAUCAUUUUAUUCCAAAAAAUGUUCCUGAAAGAAUAUUUGACUUUUUUUUUUAAAGAAAGGAUGAGGGAAGGGGUUGGGGGAUUAAUAGGACACUCAUGAAUCCGGCUUCCUGCAUAAAUGAUGACAGAGGGAACAAUGUCAGGAACGGCCUGUGUUUUCUUUAUCUGCUGUCAUGGGACAUCAGGUUUAUAUUUAAAACCUGCCACGUCUCGCACAAAUAUAAUAUUUUCUGGGACUAUUCAUCAGAAGAAUGUAGUUCAGUGUUGAGUGUGAGGGACGUUUUUAAUGCUACUCAUAUUUUGCAGCUGUUGAAAGUCAUCACAUGAUUGUUGAUUUGCAUUUUGAAGAUAAUACUUUGCUUAUAUUGGGUGUACAGCUGUUGAGUGAAAAACAGUUGACUGAUAACAAUAGAGUUUUAUUAAUGUUCAUCAUGUUUGUAAUUCUCUUUUUUUUUCUUAAAUAUUUUUUUGUUUUCAGUGUUAGCCUCCUGAGCUACUGCUUCAGAUGUGUUUGGCAGCUUCACUGUUAUUUAUACAGUUUAACAAAUGGUCUCUUUUAGUAAAUGACGUGUGUAUUGUCUGGCACUUUUGUAGGCUGCUUGUUCGAAAAAGUUACUCUAGCCAGCUGAAAUAUUAGCAAGUCUGUUAAGUGAAGUGCAGGUCACCUUAGUUUUAUGUCAUUUAUAAUUAGUGUUUUUACAUUCUGGUCUCUAUUGCGCGCAUCAAACUAAAGGCUGUCAGACAAGAUCUUUAAGUUUAGCUUUUGCAGCAUGUGCUGUAUUGAACUGUCAAGUGAAACAAUUGCAUUGUAGCUACACUUCGCUGCUUAACGGCAGUGGGUAGAAAUUUGAAAGACCACUAAAUUGAAACAAAAUGUACAAGAAUGAAAAAUGUAACACUACAGUAAUAUGCUUAGUAUUUGUUAAAGUGGCUAAAGUUGAUAUGGUGGUUAUUGUAGUGGGAAAUGAUUUUGCUUUGAAACAUCACAAAAUAAACAGAUGCACACAA